CCUCACUCCGACCUUCCUGCCACAUCGCUCCUUCCUUGGACAUCCUUCUGCCUGCCUUCUCAAGCGAACAACAAACUACGGGGGGAAAAAUGGAAGGAUCAGAGAAGAAAGAAAUUCUCAUUGAGGAAAGAGAUGGAACCGGAAGAAUCACCCACCGCUGGCUGCACAACACCGAGUUGCAAGAAAUAACACAAGUGCGCCCGUCUCACCAAAACACCAUCCCGACUCUCACCACCGCCCUCACAACCUCAACGACAGCCGGGCUCGCCAACAUGCGUCAGAUUCUCUACGACGCAUUCUUGCCAAUCGGCUAUCCGGAAUCGGUGACUCCCGAUUACACUGGCUACCAGACCUUCGAUUCCCUCCAGGCCUUCUUCUCCACGAUCACUGGCCUCCUCGCCAAUCGCGCCAUCCUCCAAGGCCUAGGUGUCGGCGACGCGUCCUCGUCCGCCACCUAUGCCCUGCUCCUAACAAUCCUCAAGGAUGGCAUCUCCCGCGUCGCUACAAUUGUCUUCGCCUACCGCUUCGGCCUGGUCAUCGAGCCAGAGUGCAAGAGAUACCGCUACCUCGCUGAUAUCUUCAACGAUAGCGCCUUCUUCCUCGACCUCUUCAGCCCCUACUUUGACCCGUGGACCAAGGUCCUCGCCCUCGUGCUAGCAGAAGCUCUCCGCGCAAUGUGCGGUGUUGCUGCCGGCGCCAGCAAGGCCGCUCUCUCCAAGCACUUUGCCCGCCGCAACAACCUCAGUGAGCUCAACGCAAAGGAGUCAUCACAGGAGACCGCUGUCGGCCUUGUCGGUCUGCUUGUAGGCUCUAUCGUUGUGCGCUAUGUCGAGAGUAGGGAGGCAGUCUUUGCGCUCAUGGUCACGCUCGUCUUUGUUCAUCUCGGCAUGAAUUACCUUGGUGUCCGCUGCGUCCAGCUCAACGUCCUCAACCAGCAACGCGCCACAAUCCUCUUCAAGCACUACCUGCAGACGAAGCGCGUGCUUUCCCCCGCCCAGGUCGCCGCGCGCGAGAGCAUUGUCUUCUGGACCCCCGCCGUCAAGGAUCAUCGCGGAGAGGUGAUUACCAAGAUUGGCUUCGCCAAGAGCUAUGCCCAUGCCAUGACUGCGGACCUCAAGAGCGCCCGCGUCCGCUUCGUCAUGCCCAUGUACAAGGAAGGUCACAAUCAGGAGUUAACCGAGAAGGGAGGUCAGAAAGCUCACCCGGGUUUCAUCCUCUGCCUCUGCGAGAGAGGAGACAUCGCCACCGUCAGAAUCCUGCUUCUAGGAGACCGCUCUCCCACGGAGGCAAACGAUAUCAAUACCCUCAUGGCGUGGUACUACGCCACCAUGCUUGCCCACGACAGAAAUCUGGGGUCGAAGACUGGCAACAAGAAGCUUGCCCUCGGCGCUAUUUCCGUGGACGAGAUUGAGAUGGGCGAAAGCACCGAUGUGUUGGACUUCAGGGUACUUGAGGAGGCGGGCUGGGAUGUCAAUGCGGUCAACCUGGACGCCUUUGCUCCGCGUAUCAGCAUCGGAUUCGAAGACAAGAAAGAGCUGUAAGCUAAUUGAAUGGUCGGUUACUUCACAGGGACAAUGGUUGGCUCAAGGGAGGAAUAUGGCGUUUGGGAUGGAUGACACUCAUGAUGUACGAUUUGCCGAUGAUACCUGUGACCCUCCUUUCGAUCUGAGGCCGUCACUUUUGCAAAGUAAUUCAAUUCGAUGGAAACUGCACCUUCUCUUUGUGGAAAGUGAUGCCAUGUUAGCCGAGCAAAGGGCUCACCAUCUGAAUGCGAAGGGUUGGGAAGAAGAAUGCAAGCGUUAUGGCCUCGUAGUUGUCCACGGCCUUUCCUCAGCGUUCUCAGUCGUUCAAUUGAGCCUUCCUCGUUCUUUUUUUUUUCCAGCUUGAAUAAGCUAGAGUGAUAUCAACCCACUUCUAUACAUGCAGUCUCAAUUAA